UUUUAAAAUGUCAUACGGACGUGGGUGAUAGGUGAUAUCUUUCAUUGUGACAUUACUGAUUUGCUGCUGAUUACGCUAUUUUUCCAAAAUUUUGUAAACACGUGGUAAAUACAAUAAUAAAAAACAAAAUGCCUAACGUGAAGAAGAAUAUAGAAAAACUAAAACAUCCUAACAGCAGAAAGACAAUUACACUUUCAAAGAAAAUGAAAAGAAACGAGAGGAAGGAUAAGAGCAAAUUGGACACCCACAUCAAACAAAAUUUAAUAGGAGAAAAAAUAAUGUGGUUCAAAGAGAGAUUACCGGAAAACUGUGAGGUUUUAUCUAAGGAACAAGUUUUGGAAUUAAUUAAUAGUUAUCUAGGGCGCUUCGAUGAAGAGUUAGAACAAAUUGCGUUAAAAAAUUCGAUUGGGCAAAGGAAGAACCGCCAACAUGCCAGUAGAGAAGAUAUAAUUAAUAUUACCAAGAAAAAUGAAUUACAAGAGUUCGAAACAGGCGGUAUUGAGUUGCCUAAUAUGAUGGAUGUUGAACAGAUGUCUGUAUUGAGGAAUUGGAAUGGAGAACUUAGAUUCCUACAGCAUUUCAAAUUAAGAAGAUUUGCAAAGAAGCAUCUAAUUUAGUUGUAUAAUUUGUACAUAAAUAUAUUUAUUUUUAUAUUUUA